GCCCGUCUACUUCCGUAAGCGUCACGUUCUUACGUAGCAUCAUGGCGGCUGUGGAACAAACACGAGGAUUCGAGUUUACGCAAAAAUAGUAUGUUUUAGCCUAAAAACUCCCAUAAAUGUAAAUUUAGAGUGUUUUUGUAUUAAUAUAAUUUGAAAAUGAGCGACUUGUCGUCCGUGGGCCUGUCGGACUGGCUGGUGAAGCAAUGUAAACAGCUGGGGCUCAACAAACCCACUCCGGUUCAGGAAAACUGCAUCCCACCCAUCCUGGAAGGGCGCGACUGCAUGGGCUGUGCCAAGACAGGAAGUGGGAAGACGGCGGCCUUCGUGUUGCCGGUGCUGCAAAAACUGUCGGAGGAGCCAUAUGGCAUCUUCUGUCUGGUUCUCACUCCCACCAGGGAGCUGGCCUAUCAGAUUGCAGAGCAGUUCAGAGUCCUGGGCAAACCUAUGGGUCUGAAAGACUGCAUCAUCGUCGGAGGAAUGGACAUGGUGACCCAGGCCCUGGAGCUGUCCAACCAGCCUCACGUUGUCGUGGCAACGCCGGGUCGGCUGGCCGACCACAUCCGCAGCUCCAACACCUUCAGCAUGAGGAAGAUCAAGUUCUUGAUUUUGGACGAAGCGGACCGGCUGCUGGAGCAGGGCUGCACCGACUUCACCAAAGACCUGGAGGUGAUCCUGAGCGUGUUGCCGGCCAAACGCCAGACGCUGCUGUUCAGCGCCACGCUCACCGACACCCUGCAGGAGCUGAAGAGCAUCGCCAUGAACAAGCCGUUCUUCUGGGAGAGCACGUCCGAGACGCGGACAGUGGAGGAGCUGGACCAGAGGUACAUCCUGACCCCAGAGAAGGUGAAGGACGCGUACCUGGUCCACCUGAUCCAGACGUUCACAGACCAGCAUGACGACUGGUCCAUCAUCAUCUUCACCAAGACCUGCAAGAGCUGCCAGAUUCUGACGAUGAUGCUGCAGGCGUUCAACUUUCCUACCAUCUGUCUGCACUCCAUGAUGAAACAGAAACAACGAUUCGCCAACCUGGCCAAGUUCAAGGCCAGCGUCUAUAAAAUCCUGAUCGCGACAGAUGUGGCUGCCAGGGGUUUGGAUAUUCCCACAGUCCAGGUCGUCAUCAACCAUAACACCCCAGGGCUUCCCAAGAUCUACAUCCACAGAGUCGGGAGAACAGCCAGAGCAGGGAGGAACGGAGUGUCAAUCACACUGGUGACGCAGUACGACAUCCAUCUGGUGCAUUCGAUCGAGGAGCAGACGAAGACGAAGCUGAAGGAGUAUCCCAUGGAGGAGAAAGAAGUUUUGAAGAUCCUCACACAAGUCAACGUGACUCGGCGGGAGUGUGAAAUUAGGCUGGAAUCGACGGACUUUGAUGAGAAAAAGGAGAUUAACAAGCGGAAGCAGCUGAUCCUGGAGGGGAAGGACCCGGACCUGGAGGCCAAGAGGAAGGCCGAGCUGCAGAAGAUCCGGAGCCAGAAGAAGAAGUUCAAGCAGAAAAUCCAGGAGAGCAUUCAGAGACAGAAACACGAACAGCUGAAGAAGAGAAAACAGACCAAGACCAAAAAGGCAGAGCUGGCCGCAUCAUGAAAGCUCCUCCUGUGUAUAUAUACGUUUUAUUUCUGUAUGCAAAUAAAGUUCAUGUCACCGAGGCUCAAAUCGACCACCUUUAUUGAUUCAGCUACCAAGGGAAACACCGUCUUGUGAUAAAACAGCACUGCAAAGAAUAUCCACUGCUUCAAACGCUAUUUACAUCACAUUAAAUCCACGAAUUUAAUCUCUGAACUCAAAUAUUCAGAUCGGAUGCAGAUGUUUGAGCAAAUCUACUGAAUCACUUCUAAAAUAAAAAUCACUGCGCGUUUCAACCGACCGCCGCUGCGAUGAUGGAAAAACUACGAAACCAUAUCAGGGCGGCGUUUUCCAUUAAAGCUAUCAACAUGUUAGGCCUUCGGUGGAGCGGGUUAAAAUAAUUCAUAGCACAGAUGAGAGCCGGAUGUCAACAAAAACUCUGAGUUAAACAUCAUCUACCCGGAACAGGAUUGUCACAUGUCUGCAGACGUGAGAAGCAGGUGAGGGCUACAUUCUUACAGGAAGUGCUGCUUACAAAACUACAAUCCCAUCGGACAGUGUGAGGAGGAUACAAAAGUCCAGGUGAGGGAAGGAAAACGGCAUCUGCCUCCUUCCUGUAGCCAGCAAAAUGCUACAAAAGAGAAAUCUGUGUAAAAA